AUGUUUAAGAAUAUAAUAUCCAAACGUGCUUUUAGCACUUCAAGAUGUCUAUUGAAUGAUAGUACAACACCAAAGACCACAUUUAAAAAAUCAUCAGGUAGUGAAUUUUUAGGAAAUACAUUAGAAACUUUAACUAUACCAGAAACUCCAAGAACUCAUAUUCAUCCAAGAUUUAUUAAAAAUUUCCAAGCAACAGGGACAUAUGAUCCUUUUGAUUUUUCAAUGGCAAGAUUACAUUUAGAUAAAAAAUUAGAACAAGAAGAAAUUAAACCAAAUGGAUUAGAUAAAAAAUUUAUUAAUCCAUUAAAUUUAUAUACAAAUCCAAGAUAUUUAUCCAAGUAUAUUAGUUCAACAGGUAAAAUUUUACAUCAAGAUGUUACAAAAUUAUCAAGAAAAAAUCAAAAAAGAGUUACUGUUGCUAUUAAAAGAUCUAUUAAUGCUGGAUUAUUAUCAUCUGUACAUAAAGAUGUUUAUUAUUUAACACAUCGUCAUGGAUUAUAG